GCUCAGGAAUCCUGUUCUCAUUGCAGGCCCGCGAUCUCGUUUGCGAUGGAGGGAAGCAGGCAGACUCGGGUGUCUCGGCCGUACAAGAUCAGCGAAUCGUCAAAGGUGUACCGCUGGGCCGACCACUCGAGCACGGUGCUGCAGCGGCUCAACGAGCAGCGUCUCCGCGGCCUCUUCUGCGACAUCGUCCUGGUGGCCGACGAGCAGCGGGUGCCGGCCCACCGCAACCUGCUGGCCGUGUGCAGCGACUACUUCAACUCCAUGUUCACCAUCGGCAUGCGGGAGGCCUUCCAGAAGGAGGUGGAGCUGAUCGGCGCCUCCUACAUCGGGCUCAAGGCCGUGGUGGACUUCCUGUACGGCGGCGAGCUGGCGCUGGACGGCGGCAACAUCGACUACGUCCUGGAGACGGCCCACCUGCUGCAGAUCUGGACGGUGGUGGACUUCUGCUGCGACUACCUGGAGCAGGAGGUGAGUGAGGACAACUACCUGUACCUGCAGGAGCUGGCCUCCAUCUACAGCCUCAAGCGGCUGGACGCCUUCAUCGACGGCUUCAUCCUCAGCCACUUCGGCACGCUGUCCUUCACGCCCGACUUCCUGCAGAACAUCUCCAUGCAGAAGCUGUGCGUGUACCUGGACAGCAGCGAGGUGCAGCGGGAGUGCGAGCACGACCUGCUGCAGGCCGCCCUGCAGUGGCUCACGCAGCAGCCCGAGCGCGAGGCCCACGCCCACCGGGUGCUGGAGAACAUCCACUUCCCGCUCAUCCCCAAGAACGACCUGCUGCACCGCGUCAAGCCGGCCGUGUGCUCGCUGCUGCCCAAGGAGGCGGGCUGCGAGGGCUUCAUCGAGGAGGCGGUGCGCUACCACAACAGCCUGGCGGCGCAGCCCGUCAUGCAGACCAAGCGCACGGCGCUGCGCACCAACGAGGAGCGCCUGCUGUUCGUGGGCGGCGAGGUCUCCGAGCGGUGUCUGGAGCUCAGUGACGACACCUGCUACCUGGACACCAAGAGCGAGCAGUGGGUCAAGGAGACGCCCCUGCCGGCCCGGCGAAGCCACCACUGCGUCGCCGUGCUGGGGGGCUUCAUCUUCAUCGCCGGCGGCAGCUUCUCACGGGACAACGGAGGGGAUGCGGCCUCCAAUCUUCUUUAUAGGUAUGACCCCCGCUGUAAACAGUGGAUCAAGGUGGCCUCCAUGAACCAGCGCCGCGUGGAUUUCUACCUCGCCUCCAUUGAAGACAUGCUGGUGGCCGUCGGGGGCCGGAACGAGAAUGGGGCGCUCUCGUCGGUAGAGACAUACAGUCCCAAGACCGACUCCUGGUCCUAUGUGGCCGGCCUGCCAAGGUUCACGUACGGCCACGCGGGCACCAUCUACAAAGACUUCGUGUACAUCUCGGGGGGCCACGACUACCAGAUCGGCCCUUACCGCAAGAACCUGCUGUGCUACGACCACCGGACGGACGUGUGGGAGGAGCGGCGGCCCAUGACCACGGCCCGCGGCUGGCACAGCAUGUGCAGCCUGGGCGACAGCAUCUACUCCAUCGGGGGCAGCGAUGACAACAUCGAGUCCAUGGAGCGCUUCGACGUGCUGGGCGUGGAGGCCUACAGCCCGCAGUGCAACCAGUGGACCCGCGUGGCGCCGCUGCUGCACGCCAACAGCGAGUCGGGCGUGGCCGUGUGGGAGGGCCGCAUCUACAUCCUGGGCGGCUACAGCUGGGAGAACACCGCCUUCUCCAAGACCGUGCAGGUGUACGACCUGGAGGCCAACAAGUGGAGCAAAGGCAUCGACCUGCCCAAGGCCAUCGCCGGCGUGUCGGCCUGCGUCUGCGCCCUGAGGCCGCGGCUGGAGGACAAGAAGAAGAAGGGCAAGGGCAAGAGGCACCAGGACCGGGGCCAGUGACCCGCCGGCGCCCGCCCGGGCCUCGGCCACUGCCAGCUCCCGAGUGUGGACCAGCAGCCACUGCUCGGAUCCUGGUGCCAUCCUGUACUGCUUAGCGACUUUUUUUACUUUUAUGAUUCCUGGUAUUUCUAUGAUAUCACAGUAACCAAUUAAACAUUACCUGUAACUUUA